AUGUCGUUCCUCAUCGAAGCCACCGGCCGCCGCAUCGCCACCCUCCCCCGCGUCGUCCCUAGAGCCGUCACCGUCGCCCCUAGACACUUCACCACCUCCACCCCGGCCCAGAAGUCUGCGACCGAGACCGUCAAGGAUGGCCUGAAGACCGUCGACCGCAAGAUCAGCGACAAGCUCGUUGACGGCAUCAACGUCGGCUCCACCGUCGCCAGCAAGGUCAAGGAGGCCGGCGCCGACGUCAGCCAGGGCAAGGCCACCGGCAAGGCGGAAGAGCUGCGCGGCGAGGCCGCCGGCAAGGCGCAGGAGCUCAAGGGCGAGGCCAAGGGCAAGAUCAACGAGGCCGCCGGCAAGGCCAAGGGCACCGCCGACCAGGUCAAGAAGAACCUGUGA